CCGCUCCGAUUCCGAUUGUUUGAGGUUAGGUUUUUGUUUUGGUUUGCUGCUUUGCUGGUUUAUGCAUGUUUAUGUCUGGUAAUCUGGUUAAUUUUGUCUAAAUAUCUUGCCAGUGCUUCGAUUUGGAUCUUCAUCCGGUGAUCAUGGACUUUGUCAUUGAGUGCUUGUUAUGAAUUGUAAAUUUUCGAAUUGAGUCUUUAUUGAAAGCAGUUCGUUGUCCAACAAGAAAGCGUAACAAUGUCUGAGAAGCGAAGUUUGGAGGAUGAAGACUCCGGCUCGGAUUCGGAUGAAGUGAUCGGGCCCUCAUUGCAGGAUGCUGUCAUCCAACCUCAGAAGAAAAAGAAAGUAUUGGAACAUGAGCAACUUUACUUGAGAAAUCUCCCAUCUGCAGAAUCCUAUGAGAAAAGCUUCAUGCAUAGAGACACCAUUACGCACAUUAUCGUCACAAAAACAGAAUUUAUCAUAACUGGCAGCUCGGAUGGGCAUAUCAAAUUUUGGAAAAAAAUGGAAUCUUUAAUCGAAUUUGUAAAACAUUUUCGAGGGCAUCUUGGAGCUAUCACUGACAUGGCUGUCAACUAUAAUGGUACCCUUUUCUGUUCUGUAGCUACUGACAAAGCAAUCAAAAUUUUUGACGUCAUCAAUUUUGACAUGAUCAACAUGAUCAAAAUAGAUUUCGUUCCUCAAUGUGCUGAAUGGACUCAUUCAUUGGGUGAUCCCGUUUUCACCUUAGCUGUGGCUGAUUCAGAAUCGAAUAAAAUUUACAUUUAUGAUGGUCGAGGUUGUAAUACUCCCCUUCAUGUAUUUGAAAAAUUGCACACAAAACCAGUCAACAUUAUUAAAUAUAAUCCAGUAUUUGAAGUGUCAUUGUCAGCUGACAAAGCAGGUGUCAUUGAAUAUUGGAGCGGUUCAAAAGGAGAUUACUCAUUCCCUAAAUGUGUGAAUUUUGAGUCAAAAUUAGACACAGAUUUAUUUGAAUUUGUGCGACACAAAACAUUUCCCUCCAGUCUCUGUUUUACCCCUGAUGGUCUUAAAUUUGCGACAAUAUCAUGUGAUAGAAAAAUUAGAGUAUUUUUGUUUAAAACGGGUAAAUUAAGUUUAGUCCUAGACGAAAGUUUGCAAAGGUUCACUGAAUUGCAGCAGUCCAAACAACAACUUCCUAAUAUGGAAUUUGGACGGCGGAUGGCACUAGAAAGGGAGUUAGAAAAAACUGGAGCAUUGAAUCUGAAUAAUUUAACUUUUGAUGAAAGUGGUUAUUUUUUACUGUAUCCUACAAUGCUAGGCAUUAAAGUAGUUAACGUCUAUACUCAUCGUUGUGUUAGAAUGAUUGGAAAACCCGAGAACUUACGAGCUUUGAAAAUUGCAAUCUACCAGGGUCGUCCAAAAAAAUCAAAAGCAGCUAUCACCAUAGAAAUGGAAGCCUCUGAAAAUCCUACUCUUGAAGCAGUCGAAUCAGAUCCCACUCUUUUCUGUACAGCGUAUAAAAAAAGCAGAUUUUACAUUUUUACAAGACGAGAACCAGAUGACAUUAAAAGUGUUGAAGCUGACAGAGAUGUUUUCAACGAGAAACCGUCAAAAGAAGACAUCAUUUCUGCUACAGAGGCUUCUGGAAUCCAAAAAUUGUUUGAAAAUGCCAUUAUUCACACUACCAUGGGCGAUAUUCAUAUGAAAUUAUUCACUGAAUGUCCGAAGACUGUCGAGAAUUUUUGCACUCAUAGUAAAAGUGGAUACUACAAUGGUCACAUUUUUCAUCGCGUUAUCAAAGGCUUCAUGAUUCAGACUGGAGAUCCAACAGGAACUGGAACAGGAGGUGAGAGUAUUUGGGGACAUGAAUUUGAAGAUGAGUUCAGACCUGCAUUACGCCAUGAUCGCCCGUAUACAGUUAGUAUGGCAAAUGCAGGGCCUGGUACUAAUGGAAGUCAAUUCUUUAUCACUCUUACUCCCACGCCAUGGCUGGACAAUAAACAUACCGUAUUUGGACGUGUCACAAAAGGAAUGGAGGUUGUUCAAAACAUCAGCAAUGUGAAGACCAACUCUAAGACGGACAAACCGUAUGAUGACGUACAAAUUAUCAGCAUAACUGUCAAAUAAUAUCUGCAUGUGUACAUUUAUAGUGUAAGCUUUUUACAAAGUAAAUCUAAUUUUUAAUAUUUUUAAAAUG